AAGAGGGAGAGAAGGGGGGCACCCAUCUUCACUACCCAGUGGGAGAGACAGGCGCUAUCUUGCGCGGUAACGGCUUAACUUCGAUUCCAGACGCUGUGAGAAAGGGGAAGAGGAGGUACGCAAUGAUCCUUGCUACCAAAUGCAGGAAGGACAUAAUUGAAAGAGGGAUGCUAAGUUGAUGGAUAUACCCAAUAAAAACUUGGAUGCGCAGUCUUCUUGGUUGGCUGAGAUGACCUGAUUCUGCAGUCAGUACCUCUGACACAAUGUGGAAUAUGAUUUGUCUGAGUGCAAUCGGUAUUUUAUAUUUUCCAAUUCUAUUGUUCGAGGCGUUCGUGUCUCCCAGUGACAAGUAUGAGAGGUCGUUGGUGCCGCGGGCGGCGUCCCGCAUGGUGGCCAGGAUGGACGGUGACGUAAUCAUCGGUGCCCUCUUCUCAGUCCACCACCAGCCCUCGGCCGAGAAAGUUGCGGAAAGAAAAUGUGGCGAAGUCCGGGAGCAAUACGGAAUUCAAAGAGUGGAGGCGAUGUUCCAUGCAUUGGAUCGGAUCAACUCUGACCCCAACCUGUUACCCAACAUCACUUUGGGCUGCGAGAUCAGAGACUCUUGCUGGCACUCAUCAGUGGCUCUGGAGCAAAGCAUCGAGUUCAUAAGAGACUCUCUCAUCUCCAUCCGUGAUGAGAAGGACGGCUCCAGGUGGUGUAUUGAAGGAGUGCCUUCCAGCCAGCCCCCCCCAACAAAGAAACCCAUAGCAGGGGUCAUUGGGCCUGGGUCAAGUUCAGUGGCCAUUCAAGUUCAAAACCUACUGCAACUUUUCAACAUCCCUCAGAUUGCGUACUCUGCAACGAGCAUCGAUCUGAGUGACAAAACCUUGUUUAAGUAUUUUCUUAGAGUUGUGCCCUCUGACACCCUUCAGGCCAGGGCCAUUUUAGACAUUGUCAAACGCUACAACUGGACCUACGUAUCAGCUGUCCACACAGAGGGGAACUACGGCGAGAGCGGGAUGGAAGCCUUCAAAGAGCUGGCUUCCCAGGAGGGCCUGUGCAUCGCCCACUCUGACAAGAUCUACAGCAACGCUGGGGAGAAGCACUUCGACCGUCUGCUGAGGAAGCUGAGGGAACGCCUGCCCAAAGCCAGGGUGGUGGUGUGCUUCUGCGAGGGCAUGACCGUGCGAGGGCUACUCAUGGCCAUGAGACGCCUUGGCGUAGUGGGGGAAUUUCUCCUCAUUGGAAGUGACGGUUGGGCGGACAGAGACGAGGUGGUGGAGGGCUAUGAGCAGGAGGCCGUGGGCGGCAUCACCGUCAAGCUGCAGUCCGAGGAGGUCACCUCCUUCGACAACUACUUCCUGCAGCUGCGUCUGGACACUAACACCAGGAACCCCUGGUUCCCUGAGUUCUGGCAGCAUCGCUUCCAGUGCCGGAUCCCAGGUCACCCGCAGGAAAACGAGAACUACUAUCGAAACUGCUCAGGUUAUGAAAAUCUGGAGGAUAACUACGUUCAAGACAGCAAGAUGGGUUUUGUCAUCAAUGCCAUCUAUGCCAUGGCCCACGGCCUUCAUGACAUGCACAAACACCUGUGUCCUGGUCACGUGGGCCUCUGUGAAGCCAUGGACCCCAUAGACGGCAGCCAGCUGUUGGACUUCCUGUUAAGGACGUCCUUCGCCGGAGUGUCUGGGGAAGACGUGUGGUUCGACGAGAACGGAGACACCCCUGGAAGGUAUGAGAUCAUGAACCUGCAGUAUGUGGAGCCUGGCAUGUACGACUACAUCAACGUGGGCUCAUGGCAUGAGGGGCUCCUCAGCAUCGAUGACUACAUGAUCCAGAUGAACCGCAGUGAGAUGGUCCGCUCCGUCUGCAGUGAGCCCUGCUCCAAGGGGGAGAUCAAGGUGAUCAGGAAGGGGGAGGUGAGCUGCUGCUGGAUCUGCACGGCCUGCAAGGACAACGAGUACGUCCUGGAUGAGUUCACCUGCAAGGUCUGCGACCUUGGCUGGUGGCCUAAAGACGAACUGGAAGGUUGUGAACCCAUCCAACUGCGCUAUCUGGAGUGGGGAAACCCAGAAUCCAUAGUCCAGGUGGUGUUCUCCUGCUUGGGCAUCCUGGUCACGUCCUUCGUCACCUUUAUCUUCGUCCUGUACCGCGACACGCCUGUGGUGAAGUCCUCCAGCCGGGAGCUGUGCUACAUCAUCCUGGCGGGCAUCUUCCUGGGCUAUAUCUGCCCCUUCACGCUGAUCGCCCGACCCACCGUGUUCUCCUGCUACCUGCAGCGCCUCCUGGUGGGCCUCUCGGCCGCCAUGUGCUACUCCGCGCUGGUCACCAAGACCAACCGCAUCGCCCGCAUCCUGGCCGGCAGCAAGAAGAAGAUCUGCACCCGGAAGCCCAGGUUCAUGAGUGCGUGGGCCCAGGUGGUCAUUGCCUCCAUCCUGGUCAGUGUCCAGCUCACCCUGGAGGUCACCCUGAUCAUCCUGGAGCCCCCGGAGCCCAUCAAGUCGUACCCCAGCAUCCGUGAGGUCUUCCUCAUCUGCAACACCAGUAACGUGGGCAUGGUGGCUCCGCUGGGCUACAACGGCCUGCUGAUCAUGAGCUGCACCUACUACGCCUUCAAGACGCGUAACGUGCCCGCCAACUUCAAUGAGGCCAAGUACAUUGCCUUCACCAUGUACACCACCUGCAUCAUCUGGCUGGCCUUCGUGCCUAUCUACUUUGGCUCCAACUACAAGAUCAUCACCACCUCCUUCUCCGUCAGUCUGAGUGUCACGGUGGCGCUGGGCUGCAUGUUCACGCCCAAGAUGUACAUCAUCAUCGCCAAGCCGGAGAGGAACGUCCGCAGCGCCUUCACCACCUCCGACGUGGUGCGCAUGCACGUGGGCGACGGCAAGAUCGCCUGCCGCAGCAACAGCCUUCUGAACAUGUUCAAGAGGAAGAAGAACUCUGGCAACGCCAAUUCUAAUGGAAAGUCUGUGUCAUGGUCUGAACCAGGUUCAAGACAUCCUCCAAAAGGGGAUCACAUGUGGCACAGACUGUCAGUGCAUGUGAAGAGACAGGAGGCAGGUUCCAAUCAGAUGGCGGUCAUCAAACCCUUAACUAAUACCUACCAUAACACAGCCCUGGACUUCUCAGACCUCAGCACCAAGACUCUGUACAAUGUGGCUGAGGAGGAUGAGAAUGACCCAAUCCGAUACAACCCCCCUAGUCCUCCCAUGAUGGCUCACGGGCAGAUGCCCGCUGGCGGGCCCAUGAAAGAGGUGGACGAGGACGAGGUGGAGUUCUAUACCCCAGAGCGCCUGCAGCAAAACAGCUUGGUCCAACAACACGUCAUUACUCCCUUCCAGGGGGUGGGGGGACAGUACAACAGUGAUGUUCCCCAGCUCAGUGAUAUGAUCAGUCUGCCGGAUUCUAUGGUGGGAGGGGGCCGGCCGGUGUACCACCAGCCCCACCUCAUCCAGCAGCACCAGGUGUUGCCCUUGGAGAUGGACCCCUUUGAUGAGGAGCCCAUCUCCAUUAUGGAUGAGGAAGAGGAGGAGGAGGAGCUGGAGGAGGAGCAGUUUGGUCUCCUCCACGGAUACAUGUACGACAAUGCCCAGAUUCAUGACGAGGAGGAGUUGGUUCAGGUCAAACUGGCAAUGGAGAACUCCUUGUCCCUGAUGCCUCCUUCCCCAUUUCGUGAUUCGAUGGGGACAGGGAACCCCUUUCCAAACUCCCCUGUGUCCGAGUCAAUCUUGUGCACCCCUCAGAGUGUGACCUAUGCUUCUGUAAUCCUCAGAGACUACAAACAAAGUUCCUCAACUCUUUAAAAGGUGCACUGUAUCCUGUACAUAUGGGGAAUUACGUUUUGUAUGUGAUUACUUGUCUAAUUAAUAAAUGGAGUGAGCUGGUGACUAAAUGACUUGAUGAAUUAGGAUAAAUUCUGUAACAUCAGUGGGAGUGACUUUUAAAAACCCCAUUGCAGAUGUUGUAAUAUGUUUUAGAGAAUACACCCAUCACAAAGUACAGUAUAGUUGUGUCAUAAAUUGCCCACUUGACGGCUGUCUCAAAAUAUGCUUUGAAGUUCAUAGAAUACUAGGAAGAUGAAUGCUAAGAUGUGUCUGCAUAAUGCUUUCUGAUUACCAGUUAUAGGAUACAACAGAAAACUGUGUUUAUAUAACAUAUGUAGGAACUUAGGUAUACACUGUUUAACUUGUAAAUGAAUAAUUACUGUUUGUUAAUGAGAAGAAUGUGUUCUUUAUUGAUAUUUCCAGAGUGAUUUGUGCCAAAAAAAGUAUUCAAUUUAGGUGGCUUAUUGUGAAGCAAUAAAGCAUUCAUUGUCUUGUCAGAUGAAUACAGAAUUGAUGCAUAGUUAAAUCAAAUAUUACCAUAUUACAGGAAAAAAGUGCUGUAUCAAGAAAGUAGCCUGUCUUAGAGAAUAUGUUAAAGUGCCACAUACCUGCCAUUAAGAUAUUUAUUUUUGUGUCUAAUUUCUGUUUUCCAAUCAAUUAGAUUUGUAUGAUACUUUUUAUAAUGAGUCCUCAAGCCUUUGUUAGUACGUGCUAAAGUGUACAGUAUAGUUAAUAUUUAAAAAAUGUCAAGGGUUUUGUGUGAAUGUACAUUCCAACUUUUGCUAGAUGCAUAAAUAAUCUGCUUGUAGCUUCUAAAGUGCUUGUUGGAGCUAUGUACAGGAUAAUAACUUUGACCAACUAACGAUUUACCAAGUAACGAUUUACCAUGUAAUGAUUACAUACAGUAGUGAGACAACAAUGGCUGUUAACAUUAAAAGACAGGCUUUAUAUUAAUAUUAACAUUUUUUAUGCGUUUAUGUACUGUCAUAAUAAUUAAUUGCCUUACACAGUUAUGUAAUCCAUUUAAAUGUAU